AUGCUGGUGGUGGGCGCCGCUUCCAGCAGGCCUCAGAUAUUGUGGAGUGAGAGUGGGAGUGAGGCGGACGUCACACCUAAGAUUGAGGAGCGUGAAGAGGAGGAGAUCCGUGGUGUGCGGCUGGAGUUCUUUGUGCUUAGAUCUGCGUUUGCGUGGCCGCACAAAUUUUUUUCUUUUGCCAGAUUACGUGGACGUAUUUGUGUGCAGGAAGGUGGUGCGUGUGUUGAGGAGGAGCGCGUGGUGAGGGAUGCGUCGGUGGUGGUGAGGCCCAAUGCGGGGAAUGGAGGGGAUGCAGAAGGCUGCAGGAAUUUUUCCGUUCACUUGAGGUCAAAAAGACAUUGCGGAGGCGGGUGCUAA